UCUCUCCGCUCCUCGUCCGUGUCGCUGCUGGUCUAGAGUCUUUGUCUCUUUUUAAACAUUUAACUUAUCUUUUUAUAUUUAUCUUUCUGUCAGUCUGAACUAAAGGAAACUGAAAAUGCUUUCUGCUCGCGCUCCCCUGUCUGUCCACAACGAGAACACAGUCAGCAGCCAGAUCAGCAAGAUAUCGCUGGACAAAGAAAACACGCCGCCGAGUCUGAACACGACCCGGAUCCUGGCGUCUAAAACCGCGCGGAAGAUCUUCGCCGACCCUGCGCCCAAAGCCAUGAAGAGCAGUGGCGAGGAGGAGGAGCCUCUGCUGAAGGAGAACCCUCGCCGCUUCGUCAUCUUCCCCAUCCAGUACCACGACAUCUGGCAGAUGUACAAGAAGGCCGAGGCCUCUUUCUGGACCGCAGAGGAGGUGGAUCUGUCCAAGGACAUGCAGCACUGGGAGUCUCUGAAGGACGAGGAGCGCUACUUCAUCUCGCACGUGUUGGCGUUCUUCGCCGCCAGCGACGGCAUCGUCAACGAGAACCUGGUGGAGCGCUUCACACAGGAAGUGCAGGUGACGGAGGCCAGGUGUUUCUACGGUUUCCAGAUCGCCAUGGAGAACAUCCACUCAGAGAUGUACAGCCUCCUGAUCAAUACCUACAUCAAGGAGCCCACAGAGAGAGAAUACCUGUUCAACGCCAUCGAGACUCUGCCGUGCGUGAAGAAGAAGGCCGACUGGGCGAUCAACUGGAUCGGCAACAAGAACGCCAACUACGGAGAGCGCGUGGUGGCCUUCGCCGCCGUGGAGGGAAUCUUCUUCUCUGGUUCCUUUGCCGCCAUCUUCUGGCUGAAGAAGAGAGGCCUGAUGCCCGGCCUGACCUUCUCCAACGAGCUCAUCAGCAGAGACGAGGGUCUGCACUGUGACUUCGCCUGUCUGAUGUUCAAACACCUGGUGAACAAGCCGUCGUCAGAGACCGUCAGCAGCAUCAUCAGGAACGCCGUGGAGAUCGAGCAGGAGUUCCUGACCGAGGCUCUGCCGGUGAAGCUGAUCGGGAUGAACUGUGAGCUGAUGAAGCAGUACAUCGAGUUUGUAGCUGACAGGCUGAUGCUGGAGCUCGGCUUCUCAAAGCUCUACCGGGUGGAGAACCCCUUCGACUUCAUGGAGAACAUCUCUCUGGAGGGAAAGACCAACUUCUUUGAGAAGCGCGUGGGCGAGUACCAGAGGAUGGGCGUGAUGUCCGGCGCCACGGACAACACCUUCAGGCUGGACGCAGACUUCUGAGGACCGGGUGGACUGACCCGGUCUCACACACUCCACACUCCGACGCCGCUCUGAUGCAGAGACACAUGAACUUGAUGCUGGCUGAAAUAUAUCUGAGCUUUUCAGCCAAUCAGAGCAGCGACAGUAAAGGCGGCGGCGCCACAGACCCGUCUUAUUAUCUGAAUAUCUGCUGAGGGGAAAUAUGGAACUUGAACCCAGCAGGCAACAGAUGACCCGGUGACGUUUGGACCAGAACCCUUCGUUUUAUGUUAUUAACUUUAUAAAGUUUUCUUUUUUAUAUAAAUUUACUAUAUUAGUAGGUUUUUAUAUCAGCUGGUGGUUUUAGGUUAUUUUCUGUGUAAUCUGUACAGUUUGGUUUGUAAUAAAGUCUGAUGUGCUCCUUAUAAAA